AUGGCUUCGUCCGCCCUCGCGUCCAAGACGGAAUCUCACAAGAUUUUCGAGAAGCUCAAACGGAAAGAAAGCAACAAGAUCUGCUUCGACUGCGGCGCCAAAAACCCAACCUGGUCCUCGGUCCCCUUUGGCAUCUACCUCUGCCUCGACUGCUCCGCCAACCACCGCAACCUCGGCGUGCACAUCUCCUUCGUGCGCAGCACCAACCUCGACCAGUGGCAAUGGGAUCAGCUGCGACGCAUGAAAGUCGGCGGCAACGAGAGCGCGACCGUCUUCUUCAAGAAGAACGGCGGGACGGCGGCGCUGCAGUCGAAGGAUCCCAAAGUCAAGUAUACGAGCGCCGCGGCGGGGAAGUAUAAGGAUGAGCUGGCGCGGCGAGUCGAGCAGGAUGUCAAGCGGUAUCCUGAUGGCGUGGUGAUUGAGGAUGCGCAGGAGGAUGCGGCGGGUUCGGGCGCCAAUACGCCUGCGGGCGAGCCUGCGGAUGACUUCUUUUCGAGCUGGGAUAAGCCCGCGGUGAAGAGGCCGAGCAACCCGCCCAGUCGGACAGGCACGCCGAGCAGCUUGAACCGCACCGCUUCGCCGUUUUUGAAUGCGAAUGGGAAUGGCACCGCGAGGUCCAAGUCACCGCUGCAGCAGUCUGAUACGGCGGAGGCUGCGGCGCCGAAGGCUGUGGCUGCGUCUGCUGUGCGCAAGACUGCACUUACGAGCAAGCCCAAAGCGAACAUUCUGGGUGCGAAGAAGACGAAGCUCGGAGCGAAGAAAGUCGACGCUUCAGCGCUGGAUUUCGACGAGGCGGAGAAGAAGGCCCGCGAAGAGGCGGAGAGGAAAGAGCGGUUGGGAUACGAUCCUGACGAAGAGACGCCUUCGGAGACACAGAUCAAUGCUGCGCAGCCGGCUUCUGCUACGGCUACGCUUCACCAGCCUACGCCUGUUAGCCCUGCUCGGGCGGGCAGCUUUGCGGCGGGAGCGAAGCCUAGAGAGAGGAGUGAUAGUGAGAUGGAGAGAUUGGGUAUGGGUGUGAGGAAGUUGGGAUUUGGACAGGUUGGUGGGCCCAAGGCGGCUGCUGCUGCGCCUAAGGCUAUGGGCUUUGGGUCUGUGGGUCGGGCUGCUCCUGUUGAAGACGACUCCGAACGCUUCGCCCGCGAGAAAUUCGGCCAGCAAAAAGGCAUCUCCUCCGACGAGUUCUUCGGCCGCGGCACCUUCGACUCCAACGCACAAUCCGAAGCCAAGACCCGUCUGCAAGGCUUCGAAGGCGCGACGUCCAUCUCCUCCAACGCAUACUUCGGUCGUCCUGAAGAUGAGAUUCCCGAAGGAGACUAUGGAGAUUUGGAAACAGCAGCCAAGGACUUUGUCAGGAAGUUUGGAAUCACGGCUGGUGAUGAUAUUGAGAACUUGACGAGUAUGCUGGGCGAGGGCGCGAGUAAGUUGCAGGGUGCUAUUAGGAAUUAUUUGAAUGGUUGA